CAAAUAUGGCCAGUGCGGGGCGUGGGAUCCUCUCUGCAGUGAGGUAUUGUUGGAUGCGUCUCCAAAUACGCACGCCGUUACGGGAACUUUAAGACAGAAAACAUGAAACUCUGAGCCAGAAAAUAGAAUAUGUGACAAAGAUUGACAAAGUGUGUGACGAGCAAUCAACACAUCUUCUCAGAUAAACCCUCGCAGGACUACAGAAGCUAAUUUCAACUGCCAAACCACUCUGAUAUCCCAUCAUGCCACUGAUCGUGUUUCCCACCUCCCAGCUUCUAUGGGUGCGUGUAGCUGCCUUGGUGUUCACCUGCGUGGCGUUCAGUCUCGCAGCACAUGGAGGCUAUCAACUCUACGGAGGCAUGGCUGACUGGUGCAUCUUCUGCUGGGCAUUCAGCUUCGCCUGCACCCUGCUGGUGCUGCUGGUGGAGCAGUGCGGCCUCCAGGCCCGAGCUCCAGUGUCCUGGUCCAACUUCCCCAUCACUAUCGCCUGCUACGCCGCCCUCCUCUGCCUCUCUGCCUCUGUCAUCUUCCCAUUGUAUUUCCUGAGGGGCCGGCAGUUCCGAAGCGAAGCUCGUGACUAUCACAUCGCCUCCACCGUCUUCUCCUGUCUGGCAACGGUGGCCUACAUGGGGGAGGUGAGCCUGACGAAAGCGAGGCCAGGAGAGGUGGCGGGUUACAUGGCAACAGCUCCAGGCCUGUUGAAGGUGUGCCAGACCUUUGUGGCUUGUAUUAUCUUCAUCCUGGUCAGCAACCCCGUGUCGUAUAACCACCAUCCAGCUCUCAAGUGGUGCAUGGCCGUGUACUGCAUCUGCUUCAUCCUCUCCAUGGCCGUGGUGGUGCUGUGUGUGGGCGAGUGCACCGGCUAUCUCCCCGUCCCCUUCUCCAAGUUCCUGUCAGCGUAUGGGCUCCUGGCGGUUAUCAUGUACUUGACGGCUACAAUCAUCUGGCCCAUAUUUCAGUUCGAUAAAAAGUACCAGUAUGGAAACCAAAAUUCGUCAAACCUGAUCGCCGUGGCGGUGCUCACUGCCCUCAACUUCCUGCUUUACCUCGCUGACCUGGUCUACACUGCUAGACUGGUGUUUAUCAGUGCCUGAGAAAAGAAAAAUAACGAAGGGAGAGACAUUGAAUGACAAAGGAUGGAAAUAAAGAUGAUAAGUUUAGUGAAACGUUUGUUGACUUUCUGACAAAAAAACCCUGACUCUUCCCUUUUGGUGUGUAAUAGUAUAAUUCUGUUGAUACAAUGAAAAAAAUCCAAAAUGCGCUUACAUUGUGUACACACAUGUUUAUAUAUGCCCCAAUAUCUGCUAUGCUUUACGCAGGAUUUUACAUAUUUAAAAUAUGACAGAUACAAAGUCAGUUGUUAAUGCUAUUAAAAAUUUGAACAAGUCAACACACUGGAGCAGCAGAAGCAUGGAUGGAUCACUGAACGGACCUACCAGGCACAGACCCAGCAGCCCAAAGUGUCAAGUGGCUGUUUGUGCCAAAUUUGAAGAAAAAACCUCAAGAUGUCCUUAAGCUAUUGCAUUCCUGAGAAUACAACAGACACGGUCAUAGUGUCCUUGACCUAUGACCUGUGACCACCAAAUUCCAAUCAGUUCACUCUUAAAUCUAAGUUGAUGUCUGUGCCAAAUUUUGAGAAAUUCCCUCAAGGUCUUCCUGAGAUAUUAUAAUUAUAAAAAUGCGAUGGAGUAGAUCACAGUAAGUUUGACUUUUUACCACCAAAUUCUGAUCAAUUCAUAGUUGAGUGCAAGUGAACGUUUUUGCCAAAUUUGAAGAAAUUCCCUCAAGAUUUUCUUGAGAUAUCACGUUAAUGAGAAUGAGACGGACGUGUAUGGAUGGAGGGAUGGAAAGCCUGAAAACGUAAUGCUUUCUGCCAUGGCUAUUGUCGGUGCAGAGGCAUAAAGACCCAAAAUGGCCUCAAAGACCACAAAAAAACACACAAUUACUACAAAGACACACAAAAUGGUCAAAACCCCCUUAAAUUAGCUUAAAAAGACGGAUUAAACGAGUAAGAGACACAAACAACAACAAAGAGACAAAACCACCACAAAGUGUGUGUGUCUUGUUCUUAAGUAGGAGAGGUGUUGGGGCCCCUUACAUGUCUUUGACCAGGGGCCCAUUGUCUCAUAAGCUGCCCAUAAGCAAAAGAAAUGCUUUUCUUGAAGGGAGGAGAAAUGUUAUUUACUGUAUCUGGGACUCACUUAUGCUGUCCUUCUGUCUUGAUAAUAAAUUAUCAGUGUUAAAACGUGAAAGAAUGUAAUUUGAGCAAAUCAAGUUUUUAGUUAAACCAAUAAAUAUGUUUAUUUUAAAA